AUGUUACCGGAAAAGUCCGGUUACUGGACCAUUCCCGAAUUUCCCACGGCAUUUCGAGGUGUGCUCGACCGCAUUGGGCAAAGUCCAGAGUUCUACACUAGUUCUUGCUUUGCACAUGAACACUGGAUAACCAGUGAAUCGCACAAUAUCAGACUGGACAAAGCAAUAAAUAGUACUUUGGACUUUACCCAAUGGGGUCGGGCACACCCGCACACCUCGAAAUUCCCGGGCAUUUCAAAGUGUGUCUGGAUAGAUACCAGCUAUAUGGUUAUUUACAAAUUUAGUUUAAACUGA